AGAGGCAGGCGGAGGCCUUGGGGGCGGGUCCGCUCGCGCGCCUUCCGCGCUCGGUCCUCGGCGGGCACCGCCGCUAGGCUAUCUGGCCACAAACCUCCGACCCGAGGACGCGAGAGGCUCGGCGGGCCAACCCCGGAAUCCAGGUCUGCUCUGGUAGUUCCCAUGAGACCUGGUACAGUGAGCGGGUAGGGGACGCCGGCUGUGCAGGAGAGCAGGUGGUGUGGAACAUGCCUCCACCAGCCAGUGCUUCUCCCGACUCCAUCGGAGGCUAUACCCACCGAUGCCCAUGGCCUGCCCGGGCCCGUCUCUCUCCAGCGCCUUUGACAUUCUACAUGCGGCAGGCCACGACAAGCUCCUGUAUCUUAAGCACAAGUUGAAGACCCUGCACCCGGGCUGCCGGGGGGCACACCUCCUACACACGAUGGUGCUCCUGACGCUGGGCCAGGAGACCGAGGCCAGGAUCUCUCUGGAGGCCCUGAAGGUGGAUGCGGUGGCCAGGCUUGUGGCCCGCCAGUGGGCCGGCAUGGACAGCAGUGCCAGUGCCCCGGAGGAGACCCCAGAUGUGUCCUGGGCCAUUGCCCGGGUGUACCACCUGCUUGCCGAGGAGAAGCUGUGCCCGGCCCCAGUGCGGGACGAGGCUUACCGGGCAGCCCUCCAGGCUUCUAGCUUGAGGGAGGACCCCCAGCUUGGGGAGCUCCAAGAGGAGGCCCGGGACCGGUGUGGGUGGGACAUCGUUGGGGACCCAGGGGUCUUCCAGCCCCUCCACUCUGAUCUGGACUGCCUCCCGCUGUCCUCUGGGACCCGCAGUCUUCCUCAGCCCAUUGAGAAUCCCUUGGGCUGGAGCAGAGGGUGCUCCCUGAGAUCCACUGGCAGCCCAGCCUCCCUGGCCAGCAACUUGGAAAUUAGCCAUUCGCCCACCAUGGCCCUCCUCAGCUCGCACCGUAGCCCCCAUGGGCCCAGCAAGCUGUGUGAUGAGCCUCCGGUCAGCCCAGUGCCCGAGCCUGUCCCCAUGGGCUGCCAGGAGCCUGAGGAGAUGAGCUGGCCUCCAUCGGGGGCGAUUGCUGACACCCCAGUGCCACCAAACAGCCCAGGCCCCAGGCUUCCUGAGGUGGCCCUAGAUGCAAGCCCUGCUGGCCUGCCUGACUCCUCCGAAGCUCCAGACAUCAGCACCCACUACCCAGUGGAAUGCACAGAAGUGUCACCAGCCCCCAAAUCUCUACCCUCACCCUCCAGAAAUCCCUGCCCUGUCAAGGACCAGAUGCCACUACAACCUCCCAUAGAAGACACCACUUCCUCAACAGCCCAGCCAAGCCCACCGACUCCCUCAGCCCCGAAGACAUCCUCUCCCAAUCCCUCUCCAUCUACCCCUUUGGCUCACCCAGCUUCAUCGAGCCCAUGUCCCCCUUCUCCUGAGUUAGAGUCAUCGGAGCAGAAAUUCUAUAACUUUGUGGUCUUGCACUCCAGGGAGGAUGAGCACAUUGCCCUGCGUGUCCGGGAGAAGCUCGAAUCUCUGGGUGUGCCCAAUGGGGCCACCUUCUGCGAGGAUUUCCAGGUGCCCGGGCGUGGUGAGCUGUGCUGCCUGCAAGACGCCAUAGACCACUCGGCCUUCACCAUCCUGCUGCUCACUGCCAACUUUGACCGUCGCCUGUGCCUGCACCAAGUGAACCAGUCGCUGAUGAACAGCCUCACGCAGCCCGGGCGGCAAGACUGCGUGAUCCCUUUCCUGCCCCUGGAGAGUUCCCAGGCCCAGGUUAGCCCCUACACGUCCAGCCUGCUCAGAAGCCUGGUGUGGCUGGACGAGCACUCCCUAAUCUUCGCCAGGAAGGUGGCCAACACCUUCAAGCCCCAGAAGCUGCGGGCCUGCAAGACCAACUGGAAGAAGGAUCAGGAUACUCGGGCCCUGCGGGAGCAGCACCAGCGCCUGGAGGGUGAGCGGCAGCAGGCAGCCGCGUGGAAUGCCGCGUACUCAGCCUACCUUCAGAGCUACUUGUCCUGGCAUGAGCAGAUGGAGAACCUCCAGGCAGCUUUCAGGAGCCACACGACACUUGGGACUCAGGUGCCUUAUGGGGGCCAAGGGCCCCUGGGAACCCAGCUACCCUUUUCUACCUGGCCUGGCCAUCAGCCACCGUCCCUACCUCCAUGGCUGGCUGGCAGCCACCCACCGGCCUUCCCACAACCACCGGCCUUCCCGCAGCCACCAGCCUUCCCUACGACCCCUCAGAGCACUGCGACCCCUCAGAGCCCUGGACUGCAGCCCCUCAUUAUCCACCAUGCACAAAUGGUGCAGCUGGGGCUCAACAACCAUAUGUGGAACCAGAAAGGGACCCAGGAGCCUGAGGACAAGACACAGGAAGCAGAAUGACCAAAUGACGCAGCCUGAUAACCUUGACCUCAGACUCCCUUUGGGCUGGGCCUUGGAGACCCCCUAUCUCCAAGGGAAGCAGUGGAACAUGGGGUCACCUGCUAUUUUCAGGGCAUUGCUGGGGACACCUUCAUGUCUUAGGAAAUCGUGCAAAAUGGGCCCCCAAUGACUGUCCAGCUCUUGGGGAGGCCAGAAUUGGACGUAGUGUUUACAAACUCUCUCUCUCUCUCUCUCUCUCUCUCUCUCUCUCUCUCUCACUGGAUGGUGGUGGUGGGGAAUCGGCUGGGGGAUAUUAGUACAGUAUUUUAAUUAUAAUAAAUAUUUAUUGAACGCUUCUCUA